AUGAGCUCAAAGCGAGUGAUGGUGGAUGCGCCCACCGGUGCCAGCGUGCCCGUCCAGAGGCACAGGGCAUCCUUCAGGGGGACACGGUCAUCGUCUUCCUCCCUGGAUAGCCCCCCGGCCUCCAGGACCAGUGCCAUGGGUGGCCUCAUCCGAGCACCCAGGGUCUAUGUAGGGAUGGCCUCCAAUGGGUACACCAGUGGCCUGGGUGCCCGCGUGACCCGCCGAGCCCUGGGCAUCAGCAGUGUCUUUCUGCAGGGGCUGCGGAGCUCAGGCCUGGCCACAGCGCCUGCUCCAGGCCUGGGGAGGGACCUCGAUGCCGCUGAAGACCUGGGGCGCUGCCUGGUGGGGUACAUGACCCAGGUGCAUGCCCUCGAGCAGGUCAGCCAGGAGCUGGAGGCACAGCUGCGGAGACACCUGGAGAGCAAGGCCGGGAGUGCGGAGCACUGGGGCGCCCUCCGGGCCUCCUGGGCCAGCAGCUGCCAGCAGGUGGGUGAGGCUGUCUUGGAAAACGCCCGGCUCCUGCUGCGGACAGAGAACAUCCAGGCGGGUGCGGAUGCCUUUAAAGACAGAUAUGAAAAUGAGCAGCCAUUUCGAAAGGCCGUGGAAGAGGAAAUUAACUCUCUCUAUAAAGUCAUCGAUGAAGCUAAUUUGACAACAAUGGAUCUGGAAAGUCAAAUAGAAAGCCUGAAAGAAGAGCUUGGCUUUCUGUCAAGGAGCUAUGAAGAGGAUGUGAAAGUGCUGUGUAAGCAGCUCGCAGUGUCUGAGCUGGAACAGGUGGACAUCCCCCUGGGCGCUGGUCUGGAUGACAUCCUUGAGGCGAUCAGAAUUCACUGGGAGAGAGAUGUCGAAAAGAACUGGGUGGAAGCAGGAGCCUUGCUCCAAGCCAAGCAGCCGGCGGAGGCCCGCGGGGCGCAGAGUCUGGAGGAGGAGGAGGAGGAGCGGCUGGCUGCUGCCCGCAGGGCGGAGCUGCACAGCACCGCGCGCCAAGUGCAGAGCCUGCAGGCGGAGACGGAGUCCUUGCGGGCCCUGAAACGAGGCCUGGAGAACACUUUGCAGGACGCCAAGCACUGGCAUGACCUGGAGCUGCAGAACCUGGGCGCCGUGGUCCGCAGGCUGGAGGCGGAGCUCCAGGAGAUGCGUGCGGAGGCGGAGCAGCAGCAGCAGACCCGCGAGCAGCUGCUGGCGCACAGGUGCCAGCUGCAGAGGGACGUGGCUUCCUACCACGUCCUGCUGGACAGGGAGGAGAGCCGCUAGUGGAGAAACUUCUUUUCAUGAAGAAAAUGCUGCCUUCUCACCAAGUGGUCAAUGAAGUUCCUUGAGGAGUCUUCCCCCUCUGCUCCCACAUCUACCCCAAACAGCCUCCCAUCCCCCACCCUCCUGGAGCUGGAUUCCCUGCUAGAUUCCCUUGAGCUGAAAAGCUUCCUAGAAGUGGAGAGGGUCCUUUGGCCUUAAACUGAAGUAGUCUGUGGCUUGGGCAACCUCCCUGUCCCUCUGCAAAUAAAUGCUUUUUGUGUGCAGCUUCCAGUCUGACCACCUGUUCAACUCACUACCGGGUAGAGAUGGACGUCACCUUACCUGCCUGGCCUUUGCUUGUGGAGCCAUUCUUGAAGGCUCUGGAAAGUUCCCUGAGCAUGAUGCCAUCUGCCUCUCCACCUAAG